CUUCUAGCCCCUCCUCCCAGUUGAGUCAGUGGCUUGAAACUUUUAAAAGCUCUGUGCUCCAAGUUACAAAAAAGCUUUUACGAGGUAUCAGCACUUUUCUUUCAUUAGGGGGAAGGCGUGAGGAAAGUACCAAACAGCAGCAGAGUUUUAAACUUUAAAUAGACAGGUCUCAGUGCCUGAACUGGCCUUUUCCUUUUACUUCAUCCUCCAAGGAGUUCAAUCACUUGGCGUGGCUUCACUUCUUUUAAGCAAAAGAGUGGUGGCCAGGCAACAUGGGUGACUGGAGUGCCUUAGGCAAACUCCUUGACAAGGUUCAAGCCUACUCCACUGCUGGAGGGAAGGUGUGGCUAUCAGUACUUUUCAUUUUCCGAAUCCUGCUACUGGGGACAGCGGUUGAGUCAGCCUGGGGAGAUGAGCAGUCGGCUUUUCGUUGUAACACUCAGCAACCUGGUUGUGAAAAUGUCUGCUAUGAUAAGUCUUUCCCAAUCUCUCAUGUGCGCUUCUGGGUCCUGCAGAUCAUAUUUGUGUCUGUACCCACACUCUUGUACCUGGCUCAUGUCUUCUAUGUGAUGCGAAAGGAAGAGAAACUGAACAAGAAAGAGGAGGAGCUCAAGGUUGCCCAAACUGACGGCGUCAAUGUGGAGAUGCACUUGAAACAGAUUGAGAUCAAGAAGUUCAAGUAUGGUAUUGAAGAGCAUGGCAAGGUGAAGAUGCGAGGAGGGUUGCUGCGAACCUACAUCAUCAGUAUCCUCUUCAAGUCUGUCUUCGAGGUGGCCUUCCUGCUGAUCCAGUGGUACAUCUAUGGAUUCAGCUUGAGUGCUGUUUACACUUGCAAAAGAGAUCCCUGCCCACAUCAGGUGGACUGCUUCCUCUCUCGCCCCACAGAGAAAACCAUCUUCAUCAUCUUCAUGCUGGUGGUGUCCUUGGUGUCUCUUGCCUUGAAUAUCAUUGAACUCUUCUAUGUUUUCUUCAAGGGUGUUAAGGAUCGAGUUAAGGGAAAGAGUGACCCUUACCAUGCCACCACUGGCCCACUGAGCCCCGCCAAAGACUGUGGGUCUCCAAAAUAUGCUUAUUUCAAUGGCUGUUCCUCACCAACCGCUCCCCUCUCACCUAUGUCUCCUCCUGGGUACAAGCUGGUUACUGGCGACAGAAACAAUUCUUCUUGCCGCAAUUACAACAAGCAAGCAAGCGAGCAAAACUGGGCUAAUUAUAGUGCAGAACAAAAUCGAAUGGGGCAGGCGGGAAGCACCAUCUCUAACUCCCAUGCACAGCCUUUUGAUUUCCCCGAUGAUAACCAGAAUUCUAAAAAACUAGCUGCUGGACACGAACUACAGCCACUAGCCAUUGUGGACCAGCGACCUUCAAGCAGAGCCAGCAGUCGUGCCAGCAGCAGACCUCGGCCUGAUGACCUGGAGAUCUAGAUACAGGCUUGAAAGCAUCAAGAUUCCACUCAAUUGUGGAGAAGAAAAAAGGUGCUGUAGAAAGUGCACCAGGUGUUAAUUUUGAUCCAGUGGAGGUGGUACUCAACAGCCUUACUCGCGAGGCUGAGAAAACACAAAGACAUUAGAAUACCUAGGUUCAUUGGGGGUGUUUGGGGUAUAUGGGUGGUGAGGGAGGGGAUAAGAGAGGUGCAUGUUGGUAUUUAAAGUAGUGGAUUCAAAGAACUUAGAUUAUAAAUAAGAGUUCCAUUAGGUGUUACAUAGAUAAGGGCUUUUUCUCCCCGCAAACACCCCUAAAAAUGGUUCUGUGUAUGUGAAUGAGUGGGUGGUAAUUGUGACUAAAUAUUUUUGUUUUACCAAGAAACUGAAAUAAUUUUACCCAGGAAUAAAUACUUCCUGAACACCUUUGGUCUUUUCAACAAGAAAAAGACAGAGGAUUGUCCUUAAGUCCCUGCUAAAACAUUCCAUUGUUAAAAUUUGCACUUUGAAGGUAAGCUAUCUAGGCCUGACCCUCCAGGUGUUAAUGGACUUGUGCUACUAUAUGUAUUUUUUUAUUCUUGGUUUCAGUUUAAAAUUCAGAUAAGGCCCACAGAAUAACACUUUCCAUGCAUUUGCAAAUUUCAGCAUUAUACCUACAUUCUUUUUCCAUCCACUUGCACCAUAUCAUUACCAUCACUUUUUCAUCAUUCCUCCGCUACUACUCACAUUCAUUUAAUAGUUUCUGUAAACGUUUUUAAGACAGUUGCGAUGUAAUGUAACAUUUUUUCUUUUUUGAGCUAGAGUCAGGGAAUCAAGCCAUGCUUAAUGUUUAGCAAUCACUUGUAUGUGUAUGCGUGUGGAAGAGUGUGUUUUGUUGUCAUGUAUUGGUACAAGCAGAUACAGUAUAAACUCACAGACACAGAUUUGAAAAUAAUGCACAUAUAGUGUUCAAAUUUGAACUUUUCUCAUGGAUUUUUGUGGUGUGGGCCAAUAUGGUGUUUACAUUAUAUAAUUCCUGCUGUGGCAAGUAAAGCACACUUUUUUUUUUUUUUUUUUUUUUUAGGAUAUAGCAAUAAUGCUAUUACUGAAAUGAAUGAUUUUCUUUUUCUGAAAUGUAAUCAUUGAUGCUUGAAUGAUAGAAUUUUAGUACUGUAAACAGGCUUUAGUCAUUAAUGUGAGAGACUUAGAAAAAAUGCUAAGAGUAGACUAUUAAGUGUGCCUAAAUGAAUUUUGCAGUAACUGGUAUUCUUGGGUUUGCCCUUCUUAAUACACAGUAAUUCAGAACUUGUAUUCUAUUAUGAGUUUGACAGUCUUUUGGCAUGACCAGCAAAUUUGAUAUUUGCACUAAGAUUUUACUGGGAAUGCAAGAGAGGUUUAAAGAGGAUUCAGUAGUAGGCAUAUAACUAAUUUAUUUGAACUGUAUGCUGAAGACGUCUACCAGUUUCUCCAAAUGCCUUUUUUAAAACUCAUCACAGACGAUUAGUGAAAAUGCUGAGUAUGACACUUUUCAUCUUGCAUGUCAGCUACAUAAACAGUUUUGUACAAUGAAAAAUACUAAUUUGUUUGACAUUCCAUGUUAAACUACUGUCAUGUUUAGCUUCGUUGCAUGUAAUGUAGACCUAGACCAUCAUCAAAUUGUGUGUUCUGGAGAGUGUUCUUUAUUCAAUAAAGUUUUAAUUUAGUAUAAAGAUA